AUGACUAUAGGAACCCCCGAAGAGAUUAAACAACUCCAGAAAACAAAGACCAUUGGAAUAAUUGGUCUUGGUGACAUGGGGUUGUUGUAUGCACAGCGAUUCAGCGAGGUAGGAUGGCACGUGGUUGGCUGUGAUAGAGAAGAGAGUUACAAUCAAUUCAAGCAGAGCUACGGAUCACAGUUUGAAGUGAUGAAGAAUGGUCACUACGUAUCUCGUUUAUCUGACUAUAUUAUCUACAGUGUUGAGGCAGAGAAUAUUGACAAGAUAGUGGCCACUUAUGGAGCAUCUACCAAGGUUGGUGCCAUAGUGGGUGGUCAAACGUCUUGCAAGUCUCCUGAGAUUGCAGCAUUUGAGAAGCAUCUUCCACAGGACGUGGAAAUCAUCACUGUUCAUUCAUUGCACGGACCCAACGUCAGUACUAUUGGACAACCGUUGGUGAUUAUCAAUUAUAGAGGCUCGGAUGAGUCUCUAAAGUUAGUAGAGUCGCUUAUGUCAUGUCUUCAAUCUAAGCAUGUCUAUCUCACUUAUCAGGAGCAUGACCGAAUUACUGCUGAUACCCAGGCCGUGACACAUGCUGCUUUCCUCAGUAUGGGAUUAGCAUGGCGUAAUUGUCAUCAGUAUCCUUGGGAGGCUCCUAAAUGGACAGGAGGUCUUGAAAAUGCCAAGAUCAACAUUUCAUUACGAAUCUACUCUAACAAAUACCAUGUAUAUGCUGGUGUGGCCAUUACCAAUCCUUCUGCUCACGCUCAGAUCACACAAUAUGCAAAGUCGUGUGAAGAGAUCUUUACCUUGAUGAUCCAAAGCAGAAAGCAUGAAUUGAUUGAACGUAUUAUGAAAGCAAAGCAGAAAGUGUUUGGUCACUUGAAAAAAGACCAUCGUCUUUUGUUAGAUGAUGACCUUCUUGAACAGUACUCUUUGAGUAAUUAUCCACCUGGAAAGAGGCAGCCGAACUCGCAGUUGUCACUUUUGGCCAUAGUGGAUUCAUGGUCAUCUCUAGGAAUAGUUCCGUACGAUCAUAUUAUCUGUUCUACGCCUUUAUUUAGAAUACUUUUAGGCGUUACAGAGUAUCUCUUCUGUACUUCUGGAUUAUUGGAAGAUUGUUUGGAAGUAGCAGUCGAUAAUACCGACUUUAGACAGGAUGAUCUUAACUUUGUGUUGGCAGCCAAAGAAUGGUCAUCGACCGUGUCUUAUGGAGACUACAAUUUGUAUAGGAUAAGGUUCGAGAAGACUCAGAAGUACUUUGAGCACAUGUUUCCGGAAGCUAAUAAGGUUGGAAAUGAGAUGAUUAGGAUGAUCUUGAAGAGAGUCAAGGACCGAGAGUGA